AUGACGACGCAAAAUUUUUCGAUAGAGGAUUUAGCGAUAUCAUUAAUUGAAAGGUUGGACAGAAGAAACAUCUUCCCACCACAUUAUAAUAAUCCAGAAACAUUUAUUUCUUCUACAAAUACAAAUAAUCUAUCAUUAAGACGACCGAGAAGACCUCCAAAUGCCUUUUUACUCUGCAGAAAAAAUGUUCACCAAGAAGCGAAACGCAAAGGAACCUGCAACAUGCGUGUGAUAAGUAAGGUUACCGGCAUUUUAUGGAGAAACGCAACUUCCGAAGAGAAGGGAGUCUAUGAGAGACUAGCCGAUCGUGUAAAUGAAAUUCAUUCAAAGAGAACCACAAUGAUUUAUAAACCAGCCAUAGGCUCCACUUCCUUUCAAAAUAAAGCUCGAUCUAGUUAUAACCCUUACACGUAUCCUUCACAAUUAAUUACACCGUCAGUAAAUGCUCCUUUAUUACUUCCAGUUCCCACACAUUCUAUUUCCCAACCUUCAUCAAAUAUUUCUCCCACUUUUGAUCAAGAUGAGCAAUAUUUUCAAAAUAAUCCAGUAAAUAAUACCAUAAAUCAUUUUAAUCCUUUGGAAUUUAACAAUCAGGCUCCAAACGAUGAUCAUAAUUUUUUAUCUUUAUUUUAUAAUAGUAUUCUAAUGACUCCAUCAUCUUUUGGCUAG